CCUCCUCUCGGGCGCCGAGCUCCUUGGGUGGGGGUGGACAAACCAGUCUCAGGGUCUUUCCCCUGGAACCUGCUCCAGCUCUUGGACCACUGCCUCUGGGACAACCUUGUCAUCUACCUGUCCCCAAAACUGGGCCCUGGGGAGAGCCGCCUCCUCCCUCUUCCCCCAACUCUCUCCCCCAGGGUUGUUCCCCUCCCCCAACUUCCAUCUCCAUCCCCCAGCCAGACCAGGCCUCCCAUCUUGCCCCCAAGAGAUCUUCAUCCAAAAUGCCAUCUGACUGCGUCCCUCCCCUGCUCCACAAACUCCCGUGGCUCCCCAGUACCCUCUCCACACACACACUUGGGUCCAGCAUUUUAGCCUUGCACUUCAUCGCUCUGAUUACUUUCCGUGAAAGAGCAGCCCACCCUCUGUCUCCCCUUCCCUCCCCUGCUUGAGUUGUCUCACUAGGCUUAGAACCACCUGACGCUGUAUUAUGUCUCCUGGUUGGCUAUCUCCCCAACUAGCAUGUCAGCUCCGAGGUUUGUGUCUGUUUCGUUCACUGCUGUGAACACUACCUGGUAUACUGUAAGCGCUCAACAAUGUUUAUUGAAUGAAUGAAGAACGGACUUCUAUUCAUUCCCCCAAACCCAGCGAAGUGCCCCCUACUCCCCGGCCGGCUCGGUGUCCGGGGGAGCCGACAGGAACCGCCUUCACUUCACUUCUCGGAACCACGGCUUCCCCAACCCCCGUCAACAUCUAACCCCCGCCAACCUCUGUGUCUAAGAGGACCUUUUUCUGGCCCCAGCUGCUGAGAACAGUAACAGUGGGCAUUCAUCGAGCACUUCCUGAAUGCCAACCACUGUGCAAUGCUCUCUGCUUUCAUCACCUCGUUGCCCCACCAGGGCAGGUCCUGGUGUCACCGUUCUACAGCUAGGGAAACUGAGGCCCAGAGAGGGGAGGCCCUUGUUGGUGUCCUACCGUGAAGGGAGGCAGACCCAGGCCGAUGGUCCCCCCCCCCCCAUGCACACACCCCUCUGGAGCCGGAGCCUUCCUCCCCCCCCCCCCCCCAAGCCCUCCCUCUGCAGCUCAGAGCAGCCAGGGCCUGGGCGGGAGGGGCCGCCUCAAUUAAUCACCUCACACUAAUCUUCCCAUUUCCGGACCCCAACCCGCUCGGGUCUGCAGGACCAGGCCAGCAGCAGACACGCUGGGCCCACUGGGGCGGGGGCCGUGUGGAUACUGGGGCCAUCGAGGGGCUGCUGGGGGUGGUGAGUACGGGGCAGGUGGGUAAGAGUGGGAGCUGGGGCGCAGAGAGCCCCCCAGGGCGGAGGACUAUGGGGGCAGUGUCCCAGCCUCCUCCCUUCCGGGGGGGGGGGGUCCUAGACAGAGAGAGACGGACAGACAGCCAAAAGCAGACAUGCAGGCAGAGGCAAUCCAGGAGAGCUCGAGAGGGAAAGAGAAAAUAGAGCUGGAGGGACAGGCACCCAGGGAGCCGUGCAGAAAAAUGACCCGAGAGAAGAGGAGGGGGAGGCGGAUGGAGAGCGAGACCAUCCGAGGUGGACGGAGGGACGGGCCGGGCAGGGCGAAUGCGGGACCCGGUGCGCCUUUCCUCGGCACAUCUAACCCCAGACCCAGAGGACUCGGGGGGGCUCCCUGCCCUCCCCAGCUGGGGGGGUCUCACCACCGCCUGCCCUGCUGCCAUCCCGCCAGGUGGGGGUGAGGACAAGCCAUGUUCCUGAGCCCAGGUGAGGGGCCUGUGGCGGAGGGGGGGGGGCCGGGCCCGGGCGAGGAGGCCCCCAAGAAGAAGCACCGGAGAAACCGCACGACCUUCACCACGUACCAGCUGCACCAGCUGGAGAGGGCGUUCGAGGCCUCCCACUACCCGGACGUUUACAGCCGCGAGGAGCUGGCGGCCAAGGUGCACCUGCCAGAGGUGCGCGUGCAGGUGUGGUUCCAGAACCGCCGGGCCAAGUGGCGCCGCCAGGAGCGUCUGGAGUCGGGCUCCGGGGCCGUGGCAGCCCCGAGGCUCCCCGAGGCCCCAGCCCUGCCGUUCGCCCGCCCUCCGGCCAUGCCGCUGCCCCUGGAGCCCUGGCUGGGCCCCGGGCCCCCGGCCGUGCCAGGCCUUCCGCGCCUCCUGGGCCCAGGCCCCGGGCUGCAGGCGUCCUUCGGGCCCCACGCCUUUGGCCCAGCCUUCACGGAGGGCUUCACCCUGGAGGAGGCGUCCCUGCGGCUGCUGGCCAAGGAGCACGCACAGGCUCUGGACAGGGCCUGGCCUCCCGCCUGAGUCUGGGGCCCGCCCGUGGCCACCCGUGCUGGUGCCCCUGCCUUGCAUCCCGGGGAGGAGGUGGCCUGGCGGGGGCCUCGGCCUCCCCGCCUGCGGGCCGGGCAAGGGGUGGACCGUGAGGCUCUGAGGCAGUAAGGCUGCCAUCGCAAGACACGCCCAAGUCCCCCUGCCCGCUCCUCGUCCCUCACGGCGGAGCCCCGGCUCUCUCAGAAGUAACAAAGAACAGCAGUGGCCGCCCAUGGCCCUGGCGUCUUUCACUGUGUGUCCCCUGCGUGCCCGUCGCUUUACCCCUCAUGACAGCUGCUCUACGGGGGAGGAAACUGGCCCAGGGAGGCCAGUUUCCACAGCCACACAGCCACUCAGGGUGGAGCUGUCGUUCAAGCUCGUUGCCCAAGCCCAACACCCCAGGUGCCACGCCGAGCCCACGCCGGUGUGGGACGCGGGGGGACCCGGGCUGGGUGCAAACGGCGGGUUCUCAGGCAGAAGCAGGCGGACGCUCUGCUCCCUCUGUAAAUCAAAAUGUGGCUUCUGUCCCCACUGACCACAGACCCGGUCACGUCUCCCAGCCCAGUGAGGGCGGGAUGGGGCCCUGCUGGCAAGACCCACAUUUGUCCCGUCCAACCUAGCCAUGUCUCCCCAGGGCGUGACGGACACCCUUCCGGAACUCGGCCGGACUCCUUGGCAAGGGGGCCACGGAGGGCAAGGAACAGGGUGUGAGCAGGCCGGAGGCCCCCCCCCCCCCCCCCCAGCGUCAGCAGGACACGGGACUUCCCCAUAGGACGGGGCAGCCCAGGUCACGACAGGAGGGGAGGGGCUGGAAGGCAGGAGGUGCACGUAACCGCCCUCCCUUUGAGCUCUGUCCGCGUUCACUUCCGGGUCCUCACAUCAGUGCACACCCACUGGGUGGGGCUCGAGCUGCCCUGCUCACCUUGGCUCACGUGACACCUCACGCAGGAGCCCCCUGGCCCUGUCUUCUUCGCGUGGUGGCAGCCAGGUCAACGGCCCACCCACGCACCUUCCAUCCAUCUGACCGCCGGCCGCCCACCCGCCCACCCCCCACCCAUCCAUCGUCUGGUGAUCCCUCUAUCCAUCCAUCCACUGCACGACGGGGCCGUAACGGUGAACAGAACGAGACAAAAAUCCCUACCCCGACGGAGUUGCCACUCUGAUGGGAGACAGACACGAGCACAAUUAAAUAAACACCGACAAUCGUUCGUAAAACACCAGCUGGCUGUAAGUGCGGGGAGAAAAUAAAACCAGAAGAGGCAGUCGAGUGCAUGCAGCAACUGUAGUUCGACAGGGCGGUCGGGGGGCCUCUCAGACGUGACAUCACGGAAUUGGAGGAAGUAAAAGAGGGAGCCAUGGGAACACCUGCGGGGGGGAGCCACCCAGGCAGCGGGAACAGCACACCCAAAGGCUCUGGGGCAGGACCGGGGUUGGCACGAGGGAGGAACCACCAGGAGGCCCCUGUGGCUGGAGCA